CUUAAUUACACAAUUACUGCUACUACUACAUUCACUGGGAAAAAAUCCAAAGGACACGUGCAUCCCAUUAGACAAACUUUUACCAUAAUGGCAUAAUCCAAUCCACUGAAUCACAUACCAUAAUCAAAAUGGGACCUGCUUCCACAUGUGCGUCCAUAUUCCUUGAAUCUCUUUAACACGCGCUUCCGGGUGCGAGUGGACUCAUGGUUGUAAUUUCAUUUCUAUUUUUUUUUUGGGUGAAAUAAAGAACUUACGAAGAAGAAGUCGUAACCAACGAGGAACAACAAAAAAAAAAAAAGAAAAAAAAAGAACGCCAAUCCAUCAUCAUCAUCAACCUCAGUUACCAUUCAAUCCAUAAUUCUUUCUGGGUUUACGAAUAAACCGGCGGCGAUGAUGAUGGAAGAAACCCAACGAGAACCCGCACGUGCCUUCGGUGCCUAGCUUUUGUAAAUCCUAUUACGUCCUUUUGAUAUAUAGAUAUGCUUUUAAAGUUCUGAUUGUGGGGUUUUAAUGCCCUGCUGAUUUUCUGUAUUUAUUACAAUUUGUUUUUUCCCAUGUUGUCCUGCGCAGUCUCUCUUUGUCUGAUUUUUCCAUGGAGCCUUUCGAUUCUCAAUCCCUCCUGAUUUUUGUUCUCCAAUUUUAGGUUCCGAGAAGUUCUGACAAAAAACACAUAUUUUCAUCCACUUAAGCCGGACACAGCCAUCUUCUCAUAGAAGGAAUGGAGGCACGCCCCACUAUAUCCUUACCAAGAUCUGGUCCUCAACCACUGAGUACUUUUGGGUCAUCUGGUGCUAUGUCUGGUUCCUUUCCUGUUAUGCCCACUUCUUUGGAAGAGAGAUAUCCCAGGCAAUGUGAUUACCAACAAGUAACCAUGGGGAGACAUGUCAAUGCAUGCGCGAGUGCUGCUGUUUCGCCUAUUUCUUCUAACAGUGGGGCUGUUGGUCAUGUGUUUUCUUCAUCAUCGGGAUUUUCUACCGAUCUCCAUUACUCUACUGUUUCGCAACAAGAAAAGCAAUCAAUGCAAGCUCCUUUCAUUUCUCAAUCUGCUGGUAGUGGGACAUCAAUGCUCUUGCACCAACCUUGCCAUCCUGGAGUUCUUCAAUCCACUGCAUCUAGUCAUUUGGCUAAAGAUAACAAUGAUCCCUCCUGGUGUACAGAUUCACUUGAUUUUCUUGAAUACCCAAUGAAUCAAAAUAACCCUUUGAAUAGCUGCAAUACUGGUGAAGGCCUCCUUCCGUCUGAGGAUCUUACUAAACGCAACUGGCAGGAGUGGGCAGACCAGCUUAUUUCUGAUGAUGAUGGUUUGACUCCUGGUUGGUCUGAGUUGAUUGCGGAGGCUAAUGUUUUAGAUUCUGAUCCAAAGGUACCUCUACAGGCAAAUCAACUGCCUACUAAUUUCUCAGUUCCACAGCAGCAAGUAUCUUUGCCACUGCCGGCUUCCUCAGGAGAAGCUUGUUCUGUUAUUCCUACACCAUCCUCUGGAAGUGGUGCUUCAACCAAGCAACGAAUGCGUUGGACACCAGAGCUUCAUGAAGCCUUUGUUGAAGCAGUCAACAAGCUUGGUGGGAGUGAAAGAGCCACGCCGAAGGGUGUGCUGAAACAGAUGAAAGUUGAGGGAUUGACUAUCUAUCAUGUUAAAAGUCACUUACAGAAAUAUAGGACGGCUAGAUAUAAACCAGAGCCGUCUGAAGGUUCCUCGGAGAAAAAACAGACUUCCAUUGAUGAUCUGUCAUCUCUGGACCUGAAGACGGGGAUUGAGAUAACUGAAGCAUUGCGAUUACAGAUGGAAGUUCAAAAACGUCUUCAUGAACAGCUUGAGAUUCAAAGGAAUUUGCAGCUGCGCAUAGAAGAACAAGGGCGAUAUCUCCAAAUGAUGUUUGAGAAGCAAUGCAAAUCUGGCAUUGACUUGCUUAAGGGGGGCUCUGCAUCUGAGAAUCCUGCAAAAGAGGCAUCAGAUCCAGUCCAAAAUCCUGCAGCCAUGAAUGAUUCAGGCAUCAUAGAGGUCAAUGACAAGAAGACGCAAGGUGGCUCAAGUAACUUAGAUAUUUCUGCUGGAAAAGAAGGGGAAGAUGGCCAAAAUUCAUCAAAUAAUGAAGAUGUUGAAUCAGAUGCUGCGGGCACAUCUAGCGCCCCACCAGCUAAACGCGCUAGAACGGAUGCCUGAGUAGGCAUACAUUAUGUGUUAUUCUACACAGGAUGAUGAAUUACCGUGGGGACAUGGACUGAAACAGAUACCAGGCUUGUGAAGAGCCUUAGAACACCCUUCUUCAUUCCUUUGGACCAAUUCGGUCAACAACACAAGUUUUUUUUUCCCUUGAAUUUAGCUGACAAGCAAAACUUAUGUCAUCUGAUUAACCAAUUUAUAGCAAUUAGGAAGAUCCCUUGAUUAGUAUAUGGUCUUUGACUCCAGCAUGUGUGACCAUGAAGAAAAUGUUUUCGGAGGUUAACUCCAGGAGGCCAUCAAUUUUGCUAUUUAUGGCUGACUACGGCUUGUAGCCCCACUGUAAUUAUCUGGAUAAUCAUCGAAAUGUAUGGCUAAUUGUCAUAACUCCUAAUUAACCCAGCUUGGAGUAAUGUCUAGCAUUCCGAGGCUUGAUGGAUAUUAGAAACAUGAAGCAUAUUCUUUCAUUCGGAUCAGCAAAAGAUACAAAAAUAUCCAGAAGAAGUGAAGAACUUGGAUACUACUUUUGUACUUUGAAGUGUACGAAUGAUAUAUUGAGAGUACAAACAUCAAACGAGAGAAUGAGAACAAGUUGAAGUGCCACCAUCAUUGUUGUUCGUUGCAAUUUUUAUUCAAUUAUUUGACCUUAAAAAUCUCUUUAUGGCAUUUUCAGUAGAUGAUUCAAUCACCACGCAGCCGCAGUUAUGUGUAAAGAUAUAUGGCAAUUUUUUUUUUUUUUUAUAAACAUGGUAGGUAUUCACCAUUUACAAUAGUUUAUUUAUUUUUUUAAUUUAUAGAUACAUUUGGC